AUGUCAUCUGGAGUUGCUGGUUGUACACAAAUCGCUUCAAAGAGUGUAGAGGGUCGCAUGGAGGCUCAAGUACAGCUCAUGAAGAGUCAAAUUGACUUCCUACAUGAAGCUUUGGCCGAGGUUAAGGAGGCAAACCGAGACUUGUCUCAAAUGCUUUCAAAUCAGCAAGAUAAAGCUACGGUAAGUUUUGAGAAAAUUGCUGAAAAUUUAAGAGUCUUAUGUGAUCGUUUUGAAGUUAAACAAGUACCCUCGUAUGCUGGAAUGUUGCAAGUGUCAUUGCCUUUGUUUUAUGGUUGUCAUAGAGAAUAUGAUACUUGGGAGAAGAGCAUAGAAAAUUUGUUUGUGUUGCUUAACAUAGAGAAAGAGAGUGAGAAAAUAGCCUUAGCUAUAGAUUGUUUUCGUUCUAAUGCUUUGAAUUGGUGGAAGCUAGUUUCAAAUAUCUAUUCACAUCAUUGGUUUCGUAAUUUGGAUGAUUGGAAUGAUUUGAGAAGUGCUUUGCGAGAAAGAUAUGCUGGUACUAACACCUUUGAUGAAGCAAAAGUGAAGUUGCUCAAUUGUAAGCAGAAUGGUAGAUCCAUUCAAUCUUACUUUGAGGAAUUAGAGGGUUGUUUCGAGUUCGAAGUGGAUGAGAACGACUACAUGUUGACAGACCGUUUCCACUAUGGCUUGGACAAGUGUUUCAAACAACAUCCAAAGAUAAGGAGACAAUCAAGGCUCUAUGAGGCAUACUAUGCUGCCUUAGAAGUGGAAAGAGAGCAUGAUACUUCUUGUGGUUGGAAUGGUCCAAUUGAGGAUCAGGGGGAGUUGGUUCAAGAGAGCUAUGAUCAAGGUGAUGAGAAUGUCAUUAACUUUGGGGUGCAAACCAAAGGAGAUGAAGACCUCAUGGAAAUAAGUCUUGAAGAGUAUCAAGAGAGUUUGACUCUGUGUGCUCUAUGA